AGAAAAAAAGAAAAAAUGAAAAACUCAAGUCGCAACGUGGACUGGAGUCCGACCCGGAUCGGGUUUCAAUAUCGGUCCACUUGAGUCUUCCUCUUUCCCGAAUUCAGACAUAGGAGCCCUCGAAAUCGGAGAAGCAGAAAUCAAAACCCAUAGAAACAGAUGGAUGAAGAUAAUGGAAACAGCAACAACAAUAGCAAUAGUAGUAUAACAGUGGAUACAGCAAAAUGGGACAGAUCAGUGUGGUUGAUGAAGUGCCCUUUAAUUGUCUCAAAAUCAUGGCAAUCUCAAUCUUCAUCCUCAUCGGAUUCACCACAAGUGGGUAAAGUAAUAGUGUCAGUUGAUCCUCUUCGUUCCGAUGACUCUUCUGCUCUACAAUUCACUAUGGAGAUGGGUGGAAACAACGUGGGGAAUAUGCCGAAAAGUUACUCCUUGAAUAUGUUCCAAGACUUUGUUCCAAUGUGUGUGCUCUCAGAGACAGAUCAAGGAAGAGUUACCAUGGAAGGAAAGGUUGAACAUAAGUUUGAUAUGACACCUCACACUCGUAACAUGGAGGAGUACAGGAAAAUGUGUCGUGAAAGGACAAAUAAGUCAAUGAUCAAGAACAGACAAAUACAGGUCAUUGAUAAUGAUCGUGGAGUCAAUAUGAGGCCCAUGCCUGGGAUGCUCGGCAUGAUUGCGUCCAGUUCUAAGGAUAAGAAGAAAGCAGCCCCUGUUAAGGGGCCGGAAGUCAAGAGAACUAGAAGGGACCGUGGCGAACUGGAGGAUAUCAUGUUUAAGCUUUUUGAAAGACAACCUAAUUGGACUUUGAAGCAGUUAGUGCAAGAGACGGAUCAACCUGCGCAAUUUUUGAAAGAGAUACUGAAUGAGCUUUGUGUGUACAAUAAAAGAGGAACAAACCAAGGAACGUAUGAAUUGAAGCCAGAGUAUAAGAAAUCUGUAGAGGAUACAGGUGCUGAAUGAAUUGUCCCCCUGUUUCAACAUAUAUUAGAUCGUGGAACUUAAGACUAUGAGUUUUAGUAGAAUUAGUGUUGUGAACAUUAUACUUCCAUCUUUCACCAGUUGUUGAUAGGUGCUGUGUAUGCUGUCAUUGUCAAUCAUGAAUGGAUGUAGAGUUUUGUGAAUGCAAUAUAUAUGGAACCCACUAACAUACACUA